AUGGGGGCUCUCCCGGCGCUGCUCGGGGCCGCCUUGCUGUGGGCCGGCGCCGGGGCUCUCGUCAACCUCAAGUACUCGGUGGAGGAGGAGCAGCGGGCCGGCACGGUGAUCGCCAACGUCGCCAAGGACGCCCGGGACGCCGGUUUCGUGCUGGACCCCCGGCAGCCCGCCGCCUUCCGGGUGGUCUCCAACUCGGCCCCCCACUUGGUGGACAUCAGCCCCGGCUCCGGGUUGCUGGUGACCAAGCAGAAGAUCGACCGGGACCUGCUAUGCCGACAGAGCCCCAAGUGUGUCAUCUCGCUGGAGGUGAUGUCCAGCUCCAUGGAGAUCUGCGUGAUCAAGCUGGAGAUCAAGGACCUAAACGACAAUGCUCCCAGCUUCCCCACCGACCAAAUYGAGCUGGAGAUCUCGGAGACGGCCAGCCCUGGCACCCGGGUGCCCCUGGAGAGUGCCUAUGACCCAGACUCGGGCAGCUUUGGUGUGCAGAGCUAUGAGAUCACCCCCAAUGACCUCUUUGGGCUGGAGACUAAGACGCGGGGUGACGGGUCCCGUUUUGCUGAGCUGGUGGUGGAGAAGAGCCUGGACCGUGAGACCCAGUCCCACUACAGCUACGUGAUCACGGCGCUGGAUGGUGGUGACCCGCCCAACUUUGGCACGGUGGAGCUCAGCAUYCGCGUCAUCGACUCCAAUGACAACAACCCGCUCUUCGAGGAGCCAGCCUACACCGUCAGUGUGCCUGAAAAUGCCCCACCGGGGACGCCAGUCAUCCGCCUCAAUGCCUCUGACCCGGACGAGGGCACCAACGGCCAGGUCCUCUAUUCUUUCCACAGCUACGUCUCUGAGCGGGCCCGGGAGCUCUUCCAAAUCGACCCCCAGAGUGGCCUCAUCACGGUGAGYGGUGCCAUCGACUAUGAGGAGGGUCACGUCUACGAGCUGGACGUGCAGGCCAAGGACUUGGGGCCUAACUCCAUCCCUGCCCAUUGCAAAGUGACCAUUAGUGUCCAGGAUGCCAACGACAACCCGCCCCUCAUCAACCUGCUCUCAGUCAACAGUGAGCUGGUGGARGUGAGCGAGAACGCCCCGCCGGGCUACGUCAUCGCCCUGGUGCGGGUCUCGGACCGCGACUCCGGGGCCAACGGGCGCGUGCAGUGCAAGCUCCUGGGCAACGUGCCUUUUCGACUGCAGGAGUACGAGAGCUUCUCCACCAUCCUGGUGGAUGGGCGGCUGGACCGGGAGCAGAGGGACCAGUACAACCUCACCAUCCAGGCCAGGGACAAYGGCAUUCCCUCCCUGCAGGCCACCAAGUCCUUCACCGUCAAGAUCACCGAUGAGAAUGACAACCAUCCCCACUUCUCCAAGCCCUAUUACCAAGUCAUCGUKCAGGAGAACAACACCCCAGGGGCCUACCUCCUGUCAGUGUCAGCCAGAGACCCUGACCUGGGCCUCAAUGGCAGCGUGUCCUACCAGAUCGUGCCCUCCCAAGUCAGGGACAUGCCUGUCUUCACCUAUGUCUCCAUUAACCCCAACUCUGGAGAUAUCUAUGCCUUGAGGUCCUUCAAUCAUGAACAGACCAAGGCCUUUGARUUCAAGGUCUUGGCAAAAGAUGGGGGUAAUCCAUCUCUGCAGAGCAAUGCCACUGUCAGGGUGAUUGUCCUGGAUGUCAAUGACAACACGCCCGUGAUCACGGCCCCGCCGCUGGUCAACGGGACAGCAGAGGUGUACAUCCCCAGGAACGCGGGGGUUGGCUACUUGGUGACGGUGGUCAAGGCAGAUGACUAUGAUGAGGGUGAAAAUGGCAGACUUUCCUAUGAAAUGGUGGAAGGAGACAGAGGAUUUUUUGAGAUCGACCAGGUCAAUGGAGAGAUAAGGACCACCAGAGCCUUCGGGGAGAACGCCAAAACAGCCUAUGAGCUCAUCGUGGUGGCUCAUGACCAUGGGAAAACAUCUCUCUCGGCUUCUGCCUUGAUUUUGAUAUACCUGUCUCCAGCCCUGGAUGCCCAGGAGUCCAUAGGAUCUGUUAACCUCUCCUUGAUUUUCAUUAUUGCCCUGGGGUCUAUUGCAGCCAUUCUUUUUGUCACCAUGAUCUUUGUGGCAGUCAAGUGCAAAAGGGAUAACAAGGAAAUCAGGACCUACAACUGCAGAAUCGCAGAGUACUCCUACGGCCAUCAGAAGAAAUCAAGCAAGAAGAAGAAAAUCAGCAAGAACGAUAUCCGCCUGGUGCCGCGGGACGUGGAGGAGACGGACAAAAUGAACGUUGUGAGCUGCUCCUCYCUCACCUCCUCCCUCAACUACUUCGACUACCACCAGCAGACCCUUCCUCUGGGCUGCCGCCGCUCWGAGAGCACUUUCCUCAACGUGGAGAGCCAGAACAACAGGAAUGCUGGCUCCAACCACAUCUACCACCACACCUUCACGGGCCAGAGCCCGCAGCAGCCCGACCUCAUCAUCAACGGGAUGCCGCUGCCGGAGACUGAAAACUACUCCUUUGAUUCCAACUACGUGAACAGCAGAGCUCAUUUAAUAAAAAGCAGCUCCACGUUCAAGGACUUGGAGGGGAACAGUCUGAAGGACAGUGGGCACGAGGAGAGCGACCAGACGGACAGCGAGCACGACGUGCAGCGGGGCCUCUACUGCGACACGGCCGUCAACGAUGUGCUCAACACCAGCGUCCCCUCCAUGGGCUCCCAGGGCCCCGAGCAAGAGCAGAGCGAGGGGUUCCACUGCCGGGAGGAAUGCCGCAUCCUGGGCCACUCGGACAGGUGCUGGAUGCCCCGUGGUGCCGUGCCCAGCCGCGCCAAGUCCCCCGAGCACGGCCGCAACGUCAUCUCCCUGUCCAUCGAGGCCACGGCGGUGGACGCGGAGCCUUACGCGGACUGCGGCGCCAAAAGGACCUUCGCCACCUUCGGCAAGGAGGGCGGCGAGCCCCCGGCCGACGAGCGGCUYGCCAACCCCAAAGGCAAAAGAACGGUGGACUCGGCCGCCUGCAGCCCCAAGGUGAGCGGCGCCGUGCGUGAAGCUGGCAACGGCUGCGAGGCCGUCAGCCCCGUCACCUCGCCCCUGCACCUCAAGAGCCCCUUGGCCGGCAAACCAACGGCGCCCUACGGUGCYGGCCACUGCGCCGGCAACCGGGAACGGGAGCCCUUUGGGAACAGUGGCCCUUCCCGGCCCACGGAGGCAGAGCCCCGGGGAGCGGACAGCGAGAGCAGCGGGCAGGAGGGCAACCCCCUCCUGCAGGAGCGCCGGGAAAAGGACUCGCCCGGCGCCCGGAGACUAAAGGACAUCGUCCUCUGAGCGGCACUCGGCGAGAGGAGCACGAGGAUGAGGAUGAGGAUGAGGGACCACACGACUCCCAGCGCAGAUUGUUUUUAUCGCUUACCAAUGGUUCACAGAUUGCUGUAUUUAAAAGCUUUCCCUAAAUGUAUUGUUUAUAAAUGAAGCUAUCGUUAAUGUGACAAUCCCACGUGUCUCGAUCGACGGGCGGCAGGGGUGUGCAGCCGGAGCGGAGGAGCCGUGCUUUGCUUUUGCCGGGAGGCGGCGGGUGGCGGGGGCAGAGGCGGCACCCCCCGGGCCUCGGGAGCGCUCGGUAUCCCCUCCUUGGAGUUUAUAUAUUUUUAUAUCUCAAAACGAAGAUAAAUUUCCAUUCCUGGAAAGAAUUGAGUGGCAAAUUCCUUAUUCGGACUUCUUUAGUAACCACCCCGGCGGUUUUGURGUCUGGACAGAGUAGCGGCUGUUUCGUGUGUGGGACUGUUCAAAGCGACAGUCGGGUGAGUUUCAGUUCAAAUUCACCCAGCACGAGGUUGUUUGUAUUUUGAGGUGUUGGUGUUUUGCUAUGGACACCCCUGCGUUUAUGAAUCCUUUUGCUGUCACAUACUUACCUGUACUAUUAUUGUAUUUGAUAUUGCAAAUUACUGUAUGUCUAGUGAUGGCAAAAGGCUUUCAGGCUUAAAAAAAACAAAAAGAAUAAAAAAUAAAUAAAUCACGAUCAUCUUACUUAAACUUUGGGGAACCUGCAGUUUGCAGCCCCAGUGGAGCAAGCGCUUCCCACAGCCCCCACCAUUGCCUGCAGCCUCCCCCGGCUCCUGCAGGAAAAYAACAGGGCAUUAUGGGAAGACGUUUUGGGGAAAAUCCUGCCUGGAUUGCAAUUGUCGGAUGCACUGUACUGAACUUUUCCCCUUACCAGUUUCUUUUGCAUAAUUUCGAGGCAAUGCAUGGAAAGGUUUUUUUUUUUUUCCCAAAAGUUGGUUAUUUUGGUUUUUUUCCAGUUCCCAGAUUUAGAUAUCCCUCGCCUCCAGUAAUUUCCAAGUCAAAGAGAUGGAAUUAUUUUAAGAGAUCUAAAUUGCCUUCUCAAUUAGACACACACACUUCCAAGUCAGCGUUUCCUAGCCAUGAUUAUGCCAAGAGUGUGUAUGUAUGUAUGUCAUCAUGGCAUGGAUUUUAGACUGUUCUGAUUUCUUKCUAUCCCUGCAUCAUAAAUAAGUAUGGAAUGAGCAAUAGUGAUGUUAAUCUAGGGGCAGACAGGUGAUAUGUAACAACGCUACUAAUUCAAUUAAUGUGCCUUCUUAAUGGAGAAAAAAUUAAAGCAAUUCAUUAUUUUUUCUCAUAAUUAAGGACUUUUUUUUGUGUGGGUACAAAUCUACUCAUAUAAAAUUGAUUUGAAAAUUGAGCUACUUUAAUAGCCAUUUUGUAGAAGGGAGAGAGGGAUGGAAUUCCACAGCUCUCUGCUYUCUUGCAGUGAUGAUUCCUCAGUGAGGUAUGAGUAAGGUAGGAGGAUYUCAGUUAKUGUAUUAUUUUUAUUGUUAUUAUUGCUAUUAUUAUUAACCCUUCACUGAACAGAUUUUUCCUACCCUCAAUAAUGUUUCCUAGAAUUUAAAAUUGAUUAUGGAAGGWAAAAUAUAUAGCUCUUGCCAAUGUUUGCUGUACCAGCAAGUUGAAAUUAGUGGUUUCUAGAGAAAGAGUCUUUCUAGGUCGACAUAUCAUGAUAAAGUAUUUGUUACUUUGAUUUAUUUAAAUGAAAAAACAACAAGAAAACAAGUUCCAGUCAUUAUUAUCCUCAAAAUAAAUUAAACUUCAGCCAUUUAUUUCUUCAGGGCAGAUUGAUGUUACCUGAAGCCAUAGCCAGUCCGAGCCAGGGCCACAGUCAGCCUGUUCCCCCUGCCGCUUGCUAGGGCCAGGAAUUGGGAAAGAAUCAACAAAAAAACAGUUGUCUAAGGAAAUUUGUGAUGCUUCCCUCACUGGUGUGAUGACUACCUCAUUCAGCUCCCAUCCCACGUGUUAACAUGCUGUCCUGCAUCCCUCCAGAAAGCCAWCUGGGGGUUUUCUCCCCUCUUCUGGAUUCUGACCCCAUUUUUCAGGGAUAUGUUGUUUCUGUUCCCACCGUGUUUCCUGCCUGUGUACUGUWACUGCUGUCAUUUAUUUCUGUGUUUUUUUCCCCAAAUGUGUGUUUUAUUAUGACACAAGCAAAGAGGAGAGGGGCUGGCUCGGGGCUGUUGGAGUAACUGGGUGUUCUGUAACUGUUAAGCUGAGUUUAUUCUGAUGUUACCUGGUUUUGUCAGCUCUGGGAGGUUUUUUUGGAGCGGGGAUCUUCUCCCAUGUGUGGUCCCCCAGUGCCCCAUCAUCAUCCCCAGCUGCCUGCAAAAGCACUGGCUGUUAAUUCCUGCUGAGCCUUGCCCUCUGCCUGCGGAGCUGCCACCACCAGCCUG